AUGUCUAAACGUUUUAUCGAUCAAGAAAUUUAUGAAGAAGUAAAACAAGAAAACAAAUUAAAACAAAAAAACAAAUGUCUUAAAGAACAAAUUGAUAAUUUGGAACGAAAAAUUGUUAAUAAUAAUAUUGACUUUGAAGAAAAAACUAAAUCAAUUGAAGAAACUUCUGUAAAAAUUAUCGAUGAAUUACAAGAAGAAAUGUUAAAAACUUUCAAAACCAACGAGGAGUUGAUUAAUCAACUCUCUUUUUAUUCUUUAUUUUUUGGUCAAAGUUUUCAAAUUGCUCAAGAAUUAUACAAACAAGAGAAAAUUAAUAGAUUAUCUCGAGAAGUAUAUAAUUUAGUUAAUAAUUUUAAUGAAGAAACAUAUAACUAUAAUAUGUUAUCUUUAGAAGAUAACGAAACUUUGAAUUUAUUAACAAAAAACAUUUAUGAAGUUUCUAAUUUAGUUGAACCAAUUAUUGAACAAGAAUCUGACAUCGAAAAUUAU